UGUCACCAGAUAAGAUGAAGAUAACAUCAAAUGGUGAAGAUUAUAUUGUAUCAGCAUACGUCGUGAAUUCUUUGAGUCGAAAGGAUAUAAAUGGUCUUUGGCAAUCUGCAUUUGAGAAAGUAAAAGCUAACAAGGUGGUAGCUAAACUAGAAGGCAAUUCUCAAGAGAGAUCCAUGUCGUAUAAUGUAACUGAAGCAGGGAAUAAUCCAUCGUCAAAUAUUGAACCGACACAAGUUCAACACCAACGAAAGAGAGAAGAAGAUAGAAGUUCAAGUGAAAAAAAUGAAGAUGUUAAAGAUGAUUCCCAUAAUAAAAGGAAACCGCGGAUGGUGUGGACGAGAAAUGCAUCAGAAAUUCUUGGAAGCCAUCGACUUUCUAGGCCAGGAAAAAGCAGUACCAAAGAAAAUAGUUGAGAGAAUGAAAGUUCCCGGGUUAACCAGAGAAAAUGUUGCUAGCCAUUUGCAGGAAUACCGUGAUAGGAAAAAAAGAGACCAGGAUGCAAGUGUUAAUUCCAUGUAUGAAACGAAGGCGAGAAACCUAUACUACCAGGGACCGUUUUCUUUUCCAUCCCUUUCGGUGACAAGAUUCGACUCCUUGAAAAGGAAUUCCAGUACUGUACAGUGUUACACACCACCUUUUCACCAAGUUUCCUAUUUUUUGAAUGCAAAAGAAUCUGCAAGCACGUUGAACUCGAGGCAUUCACGACUACUUUCUGCAAACAAUCAGAGGGUCACUCAAUUCCUAAAUACCAUGCCAGAAAGAAGAAAUUAUACGAAUCUUGGAAUUUCGCAAUAUAGAAAUCAAAAUGGCCUAGAAAAGUUGCAACAGAAAUACCCUCCUAGAGGACAAGACAACGAAGCAUUUUGUGAGAUCAAAAGAGAUAAUUCAUCUGCCGAAACCAAUCUGUCGAUGAAUUCUAAUUCCACUUAUGUGUACGUCGGAUUGAGAUUUACAAAUGAUGGAAAGUCAAUAGAAGGUAGCCAACAUAAAAUUUCUACUCACAAUGUAAUCAGCACAGAAACACGAGUUUCCGAUUUAAGAACUACAGAGGAUGAGUUAAAUUUUAAUUGGCUGGGACAUCCACCAGUUAUAUCCAACCAAACGUGAGUUCAUUUUCGAGCCCUUCAACAUUGACAGAUUGCAUUUCCUUACAGUCUUCUCAGCCAGAAACAUCUGUAGAUCAUAAUCCCUCAACGUUGAUCGAGGGCAUUUCCCAACAGCCUUUUCUGUUGGAAAAUCCUUCAAGAAAUAUGGAACAACGACGACAUUUUACGCCAAUUUUAAGACCAUCUUUGCCAAAACUGCUAGCGAACGAGGAUGAUGUCCAACACGCUUCAACGUCAGAAAAUAGCAGCUUCCCUUCUAUCCCAUUACCACAAAUAUUGCAAGAA